AAACCUUCCACAUUGGGAAAUUGUUUGUAAAUAUUCUUGGCUGUCUCUAGGGUGAUGUUAAUUUAAAGAAAAAAAAUCUUAUGGAUUUUUGUUCAACUGGUUAUAUUAUCUGCUUUAUUUUAAUGUUCUACGAUUAAUUUUUCAAAUUUCUUUAAUUUUUAAAAAAUAAUUUGUAUAAUUAAUGUUUUUGGAGAUAUUUAGUUUACCUAAGUGUAUUUAUUGAUUUUAAAAUAUUUAUAAACUGCUACUGAUCUGUCUUUCAUUACAUCUAUUUGUGUAUCUUCGCGUAUUAAUUACAGCUUAUUAAAUGGAGGUGACUGAAACAGACCUUAAAGAACCAGAGCAGCUGCUGAAGAGUUUUAUUCCUGAUGAGGAGAUUGAAAAUGUUAGAGUGGUGGUGCGUGUACGGCCUAUGAAUAAAAAAGAAAUUGAAUCUGGUUAUAGAUCUGUUGUUACUGUGAAUAGGAUAAAUGGCAGUAUUAGUGUCAAAAAUCCUAAUGGAGGGCGAGAUGAUUUACCAAAGAUAUUUACCUACGAUAUUGUAUUUGACAUUGAUUCCAAACAGAUGGAUGUUUAUAAUGAGACUGCUCGACCGAUUGUUGAAAAAGUUCUUCAAGGCUAUAAUGGAACGAUAUUUGCCUAUGGGCAAACAGGAACUGGGAAGACUUUUACAAUGGAAGGAGUCAACACUGAACCUGAACUGCGUGGUGUUAUACCAAAUUCUUUUGCUCAUCUUUUUGGUCAAAUUGCUAAAUCUAGUGAAGAAACAAAGUUUCUGGUCAGAGUUUCUUACUAUGAAAUAUAUAAUGAAGAAGUGAGGGAUUUAUUAAAUACUUCAUCAUCUGUAAAACUAGAAGUGAAAGAAAGGCCAGAUGUUGGUGUAUUUAUAAAGAAUCUUACUACUUAUGUAGUCAAUAAUGCUGAUGACAUGGACAGAAUAAUGACCAUUGGAAAUAAAAACAGGGUCGUGGGUGCAACUGCUAUGAAUAUUGAGAGUUCUCGCUCUCAUGCCAUUUUUACUAUCACUGUUGAAACAAGUGUAACUGGUGAUGAUAAUCAACAAAGAGUAAAAAUGGGCCGUUUGCAUCUUGUUGACUUAGCGGGCUCUGAACGGCAGUCCAAAACUGCUGCAGUUGGUAAUCGUUUAAAAGAAGCUACUAAGAUAAAUUUGUCCCUUUCCACUUUAGGCAAUGUUAUCUCGGCACUUGUUGAUGGCAAAUGUACUCACAUUCCUUACAGAAACUCAAAGUUAACUCGCAUCCUUCAAGAUUCUCUGGGAGGAAAUUCCAAAACAGUUAUGUGUGCUACCAUUGGACCUGCAUCUUAUAAUUAUGAAGAGACCAUUAGUACUUUGAGGUACGCCAGCAGGGCUAAGAGUAUCUGCAACAGAGCCAGGAUCAACGAGAAUCCAAAGGAUGCUCUUCUUCGACAUUUUCAAUCUCAGAUAAAGGAUCUUAAGAGGCAACUUGCUGAACAAACUCUCAAAGUUUCAGAACCAGAAGAAGAAACUACAGAAGAUGAGGAGGAAAUAAAUAAUAAAGACAAGGAAAUUGAAAAUAAAGAAAUAGAUAAAGUAAUCGAUAUGGGGAUUGAGAAGGGUGAUGAGAGGAAUAUAGAGCCAUCUGUUGAUUGUGAAACCUACAAAUUGAAAGAGAUAAAGGACUUAGAAUUAGAAAAAACAAAAUAUGAGACACUUGCCUUGAAGGAAAAACUUGAAAGUUUGGAAAAAAAAAUCUUAGUUGGGGGUGAAAAUCUACUUGAAAAAGCUGAAGUCCAGGAACAUCUGCUGGAAGCUUCUGCAAAAGAAUUAGAAGAAAGAGUCAGGCUUGAAAAUGAACUACGAAAUCAAUUAGCGGAAAGAGAAGCUGAGAGAAUCGAUAUAGAAGAAAAAUAUUCAUCUUUGCAAGAGGAGGCUAUUGGCCUCACAAAAAAAAUAAAGAAAGUAUCAGCAUUGUUAGUAGCAGCCAAAGAUGAACUUAAGGAUUUGAGGCAGGAGAACCAAAGAGAAAUGGAGGGACUCCUUGACAAUGUUAGGCAACUUACUAAAGAGUUAGCUCUUCAGGAAACUAUUGAGAAACUAUUCAUUCCUGACAGUUAUCGGGAGCUGAUAGAAAAGCAUGCCCAUUGGAAUGAAGAUAUUGGCGAAUGGGAGUUGAAAUGUGUUGCUUAUACUGGCAAUAAUAUGAAGAAAUCAGAUGUGGUGGAUUCAUUUGUUGCAAAUACUGAAAUAAGUGUUCCUGAUCUUUCUAAGGUGUACCUAUCUUACAGCAAUGAUCGCAUUGGAACAGCUAAACCUAGAUUAAAAUCUGGAAGGCAAUAUGUUUAUAAUUAGUAGUUGAGAGAAAUUAUAAAAUAUUUAUUUAAUUUGCUUGUGCUCUAGAUUUUUAUAUUUGGCAUCUGUGAUCCUAAAAAAUAGAGCAUUCUUUGGUUCUGCAAAACACAGCUUACUGUGUUGUAUUUAUUUUUUAUUUUUGAUACCAUUAAAGGUUCUCAAACCAUUGCUAUCAGGCUGUAAUUCAUCUUGGUCAUUUUAGGAUCGUUAUGACUGAUUAUAAAUCAUCUAGACCAUAUUUAGCUAUCAUAUUUACUAUAGAAAGUGGAGUUUUUGAAAUUUGCCCUACAAUCGUUUUAUUUUAGGGUUGAAUGAUUUCUUGUUUUAACCUUUAUCUUGCUUUUAACUUAGUUGAAUAAUAAAAUUA